AGAGUAACCCAUUAAACGCACAAAUACUGCUGCUUCUGCUGUCGAGCUGCAAAACCAACAGAAACCUGCAGAGAUGUCCGCAUGUGAGUUUGAAUCUCUGGAGAAAUCUCUGGAGUCCCAUCUGCCAGCGGCCGAGUUGGUGGAGGUGAAACGCAUCUUAUUUGGGAAGGAGACAAAGAAGCUGGACCUCUCAGCCUGUGCUGUGGAAGCUGCUUCUGAGCGAGACUUUGAGCUUAAAGGAUAUAAGUUUGAUGCGGCACAGGAACAACUCAGGCCGCCCAGAAACAUCCGAGUGGGACUCAUUCAGCACCACAUUGUUCUGCCCACUGAUGCCCCCAUCCUGGAUCAGAUCAGUGCCAUGCACAGCCGAAUUGGUGAAAUGGUUGAGGUAGCAGCCAUGUGUGGUGUAAACAUUGUCUGCUUUCAGGAGACCUGGACCAUGCCCUUUGCGUUCUGCACCCGUGAGAAAGAACCAUGGACAGAGUUUGCAGAGUCUGCUGAAGAAGGAAACACCACACGCUUCUGCCAAGAGCUGGCCAAAAAGUACAACAUGGUCAUAGUUUCACCGAUUCUGGAGAGAGAGGAGUUACAUGGCACCCUGUGGAACACGGCGGUGGUCAUCUCCAACUCUGGAAACGUGCUGGGAAAGAGCAGGAAGAACCACAUUCCCAGGAUCGGGGACUUUAAUGAGUCUACUUAUUACAUGGAGGGCAACACUGGCCACACAGUGUUCCAGACACAGUUUGGGAAGAUUGCUGUGAAUAUUUGCUACGGCCGUCAUCAUCCACUCAAUUGGUUCAUGUACAGCAUGAAUGGAGCUGAGAUCAUCUUCAACCCCUCGGCUACCGUUGGAGCUCUGAGGUAAGGGAACAAGGCACAUGG